UCGUGGAUGUUUUGAAAGCAAAGAUGAAAGGAAAAAACUCUGGGGUUGGAUGUUCUGGAUGGUGUCAGCACAAAGAUUCCUGUGAGGAAGAGCCACAGAGCUGCUGCUCCCGGAGAAGGUGAUGUGACCCCUGCCUCAUGAAUCCUCUCUUGCAGUCAUGCUCCAUUUCUCUGGCAGAAGGAAUAUGCUGUACCAUAUCAGACAUGAAUGCAGAUCAUGUGAUGGUGACAGAAACUUUAGCGGAGCAAUUAGUGAAAAAUUAUCCAGGCAUUGCAGUUCCCUCCCACAGUAUCUUAUAUAAUAUCCUUGGCACUCUAAUUAAGGAAAGGCAGAUCUAUCAUAUGGGAGAAGGAUACUUCAUUGUGACUCCCAACACAUACUUUAUCACCAAUAAGACCACAGAAGACAACAGAAGGGUCCUGUUGGAGGACAGGUGUUGCUGUUCAUCACCUUCCAUCACUUAUCUGGUAAACAUUAAGCACUGUGCAAACCUAGUGAAAGAAAACAUUCCUACAUCAUCCUGUUACAGAUCCUGCCAUUGUUUCCCUGUCCAAAAUAUGCUCUGUGAACAAAGACAUUGGCAGCUAGUGAACCAUGAACCUAAGGGAGAGGGAAAGAAAGACUGCAGUGAAUUGAAGCCUUCAAUUGAAACUCAAGAGAUCUGCACAUCUGCUGAAAAUCAUUCCUGGGACACCAUCAAAUCCCUGACAUCUGUGAAAGCAAAACUGAAAAGCAAAAGGUUUGGCCUUGGCCUUUUCUGGAGAAGUUUUUCCAAAAAAGAAAAACAUAAGAAGGAGUACUCCACUUUUUCAGCCCAGUUUCCUCCCAGGGAGUGGCCAGUCAGGGAUGAAGAUGACUUGGACAAUAUUCCACGUGAUAUAGAACAUGAAAUCAUCAAGCGUAUUAACCCUACUCUUACCGUUGAUAAUUUGAUUAAACACACAAUAUUAAUGCAGAAGCUCGAGGAGCAGAAAAAAUACAUCAGGAAAGAGAAAAAAUACAUCAGUAAUGGUACCUCAGCUGAAGUGUCAGCAGUCAGGCAAAACCAUCUUUCAAAGGAUUGUAUUCAAAAGACACAGAGUAAAACAGCAAAACGCACCAGGAAAACCAAAUCAAAGAAAGAGAAGCAGAUCAGCAGAAGCAGCAGGAAAUCCCCCGUACAGGAGCUGACAUCCCCAAAUGUGGAAGUGGAAGAGAGCCUUUCACCGUCUGUCAGAAACCAAGAGCCCCCUGCUGCAGCAGUGCAGUCCCCUGUGUUCUAUAAAAAGCAGAUUACGAAUCCUUUCCCAGCUCUGCCGUGGAGACGCAGCUUCUACGCGCGGGGGUACCGAGGUGUCAACAGUCACCUGAAGAGCCGGGCAAGGGGGCAAGGAAGUGCUUCACACAGGCCACAGCCCUCAGCCUCCUGGAAACCCCCUGGCUACAAAACUGGGCAGCUGGCUGACAGAGCUAAGCAAAACCACCCACCCCAGGCUCACAGGUCCUGCCUCCAACUCCAGAAAGACAGCUUAAGUGAGAACUGUAGCUGUCUGCAAGGCAGUAAUCUGCAAAUAGACAAUAAAAGUAAACACUGUCUGGAGAGUAAUAGUUCUGAAGAAAACACCUAUGGAAGAACGUUAAAAAAAAGUCUUGGGGAUAUUAAAAAGUCCCCUUGCUUCUACACUGAACAUAGUGGUGUGUGCAAAGAAGUCACAAAGCUUUCAUUCUGUCUGAAAGAUGAGCAUUGCAGAGGCAAAGAUGACACUGUAGGUCAGUUAUUAGAUCAAACAGCAAAUGAAUUUAAAAAUGUCCAUCUUUCAAAUUAUACAGCCAAUGUUAACCUGGUCAAAAAAAAUGGUGUGAAAUACAGAAAAAAGACUGGUAAAGAGAGUGAGUUUCUAUUUAACUAUGAUUGUGCCAGCCAUCACGGGGCAAUGAAUCUGGAAAGUGAGGGAUUUACUGACAACUGCCUCCUUCAGAACCAAAUGGGGACACCUGAUGGGGACACCUGUAACCUGUUAUGUCUGGAUGACACUUCUGAGGGCCGUGAGCCAUAUCAUCCCCUGCCUCCUGGCCUUGCCUUUCCAGACACAAGAGACUGGAGUGCAGCUGUGUCCCUAAAAUCCUGGAAGGUUAGUAACUGUCCCGCCCAGUACAACACAACUGUUAAUGAGUGUGACUCCGGAGAGCAUGGAUGUAAGGGAAGCGGUAGCUUUGCAGAGUCAACAGAUGGCUUCAAAGAGCACCCCAAACCAGACUUCACAGAAGAAAGCUGGUUGUGCAGUCAGGUUCUUCCGAGAGGUCACAGAAAGGCUGAAGGAACAGGCCUCCCUGAGGGUGGGAAGGCCCCAGCUGUGGCAGGUUCCUGCCUUGCUGCAGAGGCUCACUCAGAUGCUGACACUGGGCACAACUUCCCCCCUGAGGUGGGAGGAGGAGAAGGAGGAGUGGCAUGCUGUGCUUUGGGCUCCCGGAGCAAAGAAACGGGAAACCCUCUGGGAAAAAAAGAGCUGGUUUUUAAGAACACAUGUUCUGUGAUCUCAGGACAGAAACACUCAGAAGGGACAGAAAGCCCCAGCAUUACAGGAGACAGUGGAAUUGACUCCCCAAGAUGGACUGAAAAGAAGAUGAAGCUUCCUGCAAAAUUCUGAAAGCAUAAAUAAUAAGGUGAAGAGGAGGACAAGCGGAAGGACAAUUGCAACAAAAUUCCCCCCUACAUCUAACCCUGGUCAUGAAUACCUGAUUCUUUUUUUAUAAGCUUUGUAAAGUUUCCCUCUGUAACAAGGUAACCAUCCUGUAAAUGCAGUCAGUCACAUCAGUCUCUAAAUCAAAGCUGUUAGUUCAGACUUUUGACGGUAGUAUUUGGAGAGCUCGUGUGUAUUUCGUUUGCACUCGCCUUUAAUUAUUCUUUGUGUCCCUGUGAUAAUAAAAAUGAGAACUGAGCAUCCUUCAUUCAGACCACACAA